CACCGCAUCAAGACGGGUACAUGCCGGGUGCUGGCCGAACGCUGGGAGAGAGAUCUGGGAGAUGUGGGGAGAGGGAGUUGCCGCUAGCGCCAAAAGAGCAGUUGGAGGCGCACUUAUGCUCGCUUACGUUUUCCAUUGCAUUUGGUUUCGGCGCGUUGUGACCGCCACACGAUCGAAAAUACAAUCACCUCCCAGGUCAAUUAAAAAUGCGUCCAUGUCAGUUGCCUCACCAGGUUUCCUUGCCACUCCCUUUUCUAUCCCCUCCUCCCUCUUGGCACCCUCUCCGUCCCGUCUCCCUAAACGGCCUUGCUUUGCUUGCUAAAGCCGUAAGUCAUAUUGUGCCAUGGUACUCUCCUCCUCCACCGCCCAAGAGCGCAGGAGCAAAGCAGCCCUUGUCGCGUGCUUAGUUGCCAGUGCUCAGCUAGCAUGGGCUCAGAUUCCCACUCAAUCCGCUCCUGGCCAACCUCAACGCUCCGGGACACCUGGCACGUAUAACGUUGUUGGGAAUUCUAUUGUUAGCGCUCAGCAGAUGUUCCUUGGUACACUGAAGAAACUGUAUAUUGUCGACAAAGUAGAGAACAAUCCCACUCAAAUUAAUGGCCAUCCUGCUUGGGCUUCCGAAUACUCGAUAGAUGAUGACACAGGGAGAGCAAUGGACGCGGUCACUAACUCCUUCUGCGCAGGAGGUAAUGUAUUGGGAAAUGGUACUUGGGUUAACGCCGGAGGUAAUCAGGCAGUAACUUGGGGAGGUUUGACUGCAAACAGUCAGAACGGUGGUCCGCCAUACGACGAUCCCGAUGGUGGACAGUCUCUACGACUUCUUGACCCCUGUGACGACGGAACCUGCAACUGGAUUGUUCACUCGGAUAAUGCCAUGACCACUCGGAGAUGGUACCCUUCACUAGAGACUCUGGAGGACGGAAGCAUCUUCAUCAUCGGUGGCGAUAUGACGGGUGGAUUCGUAAACAGUGUGGGCAACAAUAACCCUACGUACGAGUUCUUCCCGUCGCGCGGCGACCCUAUCACCACGGAUAUCCUCACCACAACCCUCCCCGCGAAUCUUUAUCCGAUUACUUUCCUCCUGCCCUCAGGAAAUCUCCUUAUUCAGCUGAAUUGGGCGACCUAUAUCCUAGACUACAAGACGGGAAAGGAAACACAGCUUGACGAUGUUCCAGAUGCGGUGAGAACAUAUCCGGCAAGCGCUGGGACGGUGAUGCUUCCCCUCACAGCGGCGAAUAAUUACACCGCAACUGUUCUGUUCUGUGGCGGAACCAAGCUCCAACCGAGUCAAUGGACGACUGACUGGAACAUUGCCGUAUUCCCUGCGUCAGAUUCCUGCGUCAAGCUCACGCCGGAUGCUUCGGGAUCAUACUCCCAGGAUGAUCCGCUGCCGGAGGGACGGAGUAUGACAAGCAUGGUCCUGCUCCCUACAGGCAAGAUUCUGGCAUUCAAUGGUGCAAUGACCGGUGUUGCUGGCUAUGGUAAUGAUUCAUGGGCAGUUGGCCAGUCGUAUGCGGACAACCCAGUCUUGACUCCUGCCUUGUACGAUCCCAGUGGUGCUGCUGGAUCGCGUUGGUCGAAGCAGGGAUUGCAAUCGACCACCAUUCCGCGCAUGUACCAUUCAUCCGGUAUACUUAUCCCCGAUGGGUCCGUGAUUGUCACUGGAUCGAACCCGAACGCGGACUACAAUGUUGGACCAGGCAUAAAGUAUCCGACGGAGUACCGUGUCGAACGUUUCUACCCUUCGUAUUUCAAUGAACGACGUCCUCAGCCACAGGGACUGCCUACGACGCUCGCGUAUGGUGGUCCGUAUUUCAACGUGACUCUGUCGAAGGAUGAUUUAUCAGGGUCGACGGACAACUUGAAGAGUACGACGGUCAUUGUUAUCCGUCCGGGCUUCUCUACGCAUGCGCUCAGUAUGGGCCAACGAUUCCUACAGUUGGACAAUACGUACACGAUCAACUCUGAUGGAAGCGCAGUGUUGCAUGUGAGCCAGAUGCCGCCCAAUCCGGCUAUAUUUGCCCCAGGACCAGCACUGAUUUUUGUCGUCGUUAACGGCGUUCCCUCGGUCGGCGUGCAGGUAAUGAUUGGGUCAGGAAAGAUUGAGACACAGACGACCACCGCAGUCGUCGACCUCCCAUCAACCGGAUCCGCCAGUGGCUCGGAUCCAUCCCAACCAACAGCUAGAAACAGUAAAGACAGUGCCGCAUCUUCGAUACACUUUGCCUCUACUUCUGGACUUCAAGGACUAUUGUUUUUCUGGUUAAUACCCACAUUGACAGUUGCUUUGACUUCGUUUAUGUCAUGAACCAUUUUCUACUUUUGAUUUUCAUGGACUGCCGGAUUGAUUUUUUGGACUUUCGAUUCUGUUCAUGAGGAACUUUAUCAUUUAAUGACUUCCGCUUCUCCGGGCUUGGUGUCAUACCGCCCGUCCUGUCUUUACUGCACCCUUUGAUUUCACUGUCUUUUAUUUUGGGACAUUUGGGCAUUUGUUUUCUGCAGAACCUUUUCCCCCUUCGUACACUGCGCUUUGGACAACCUUAAGCUUGUCAAUCUACUUCAUUUUAUCACACUCCUAAUCUUGUUUUCUGCACGACUCCGCUUACAAUUUACAUACAUAA